AUGGAGACCAACAGCUGUGGUACGCGUAGCCGUGGUUCGCGUAGCCGUGGUACGAUAGCAGAGCGAAAGCCUGAAGUCGUGGCCGUUGUACGCGUAGCCGUUGUACGCGUAGCCGAUGUACGCGUAGCCGUGUUGCGCGUAGCCAUGGCACGCGUAGCUGUGGUACGCGUAGCUGUGGUACACGAGCAGGGCGAAAGUCUGAAAGGUUGGCGUCUUUGUUUGCGAAGUGCACCUGACACGACAAAGAGAAGACAAGCUGUCGAUGACGUCAUCCAUGGAUUUAUGAAAUGUCUUUAUCUUUUCGUGAUGUACGCUGGAAUAUUAAGAAAAAACACAUAUUUCUUUCAAGCUGAACCAAGAAAUAAAUUGCCAAGCGGAUCUGAUUAUUUUCUUUACUAUCUAUCUAUCUAUCUAUCUAUCUAUCUAUCUAUCUAUCUAUCUAUCUUCUGUUGCUAUCUAUCUAUUCAUUUUAUUUUCCUAUCUAUCUAUCUAUCUAUCUAUCUAUCUAUCUAUCUGUUCCUAACUAUAUUCUGUUCCUAUCUAUCUAUCUAUCUAUCUAUCUAUCUAUCUAUUCGUGUUCUUUUCCUAUCUAUCCAUCUAUCUUAUGUUCCUAUCUAUCUAUUCAUAUUCUGUUUCUAUCUCUACCAACAUACUAACCCACCCACCUAUCAUUUCAAAACCCUAACCCUAGCCCAGACCCUUACCCUCCAAUUCAUCAUCGUCACUGCUAUCGCAGGCUCGAUUCGCUUUAACGUCUUCUUCACCUGUCGCCGGUGA